CACAAUCACAAGUCACAAUCAGGCGCACAGCACACAGCAGCAUUGCAAUGGCGGGAACCGAGCAGGAGCAGCUCCUAGCUCUGAUUCGCGACUGCGUCUCUGAGAAAUCGCAAGGGGAGAGAAGACUGAUUGGUUCGAAGAAACGAGAUCAAGACCUCCACUCCGAGCUUGAAAUUGUGAAUGCGGAGGUGGACCAGGCUAAGCGGUUCAAGGAGAGUGCUGAACAGAAGCUCAAAGGCUACGAGAUUGAAUUAUCCAUGCUUGAUGCUUCGGUUCAGACGAUGCAGUCGAGAAAUUCUCUGCUCCAAAAUCAGAUCUCCGCAGCCGGAUCUGAACUGGAGAAGCUUAAGAACCAAAGAGGAGCUUUACGGGAUGAUUUCAUUCGCCAGAUGUUGGAGGUCAACUCUCGGCUAAGGAAUUUCCACCAGAUGGUAUCAAGUGAGACUGCUGCAGAGAAGACAGGUACUGAAGUUGAUCAAGGAAAUCUUGAUGCUGUGCUUACACAAGUCAAUUCUGAGAUAGCAAAGGAGGCACAAGCAUACCAAGCCGAGGAAAAUGUUCAGAAGCAAAUCCAGCUGGAGUAUGGUGACCUUGAGGGGAAGAUUUCUUUGGUAGAGAUGAUAAUGAAAGAGAGUGAAGCAUUGCAGGAUUUAAGAAGGCAGACUUCUGAAUUAGAACAGGAAUGCACUGUUCUUGGUGAUGAGCUGCAGAAGUGAUGUGUUUGUCCAAGUUGCCACAAGGAUAAUUCGGAGGAGCUUGGCGACACUCUUCUUUAAAUUUGAUCCCCUAUACAAAUUUUAUGUCAUGUUACUGCAUUCUUGUAGUUGAAUGUAGCACGAGAACAUUUGUAGGUCAUGUUAAACCGACUGGCUGGUUACCUUCAAUUCGAACAAUGAUGUCAGAUAGAUAUAGAUCCUAUGUUGAUAUUGAUAAAGCUGUUUCCUAAUUCAUAUCUCUUGAAGAAGCUUGUAAAGAAUGUUCUUGAUUUGUUGAACUGUUUACAAAGUAGCAGCUGGCUGUCUUCUUCUUUAGUCCGACAUAUCCAGGGUGUAGCGAUGAAUGAAUGUUUUCUAUGAACACUAAGUUACUCUUAGUGGCCUUCAGCCC